CGGAGUUUCGCUCGCUCUGAUUCUCGCCGCCUCGUCGUUUGCAGGCGAUUUGAGUCAGUCAUGGCCGAAAUGCACGACGAGAUGGCCUGGGGCCGCCUCUUCCUCCCGACCCGCCAGCUUGCUCUAUCACGAUCAUCGUCUCCCGCAGUUUCUGUAUCCGCCGGCGAUCACGGCCCUAGCCAUGCCCAUCACGCGCAGCUCGAUUCCACGUACGUGGCGGUCGCUGAUGCCCGACCAGGUUUCCAAGCACACGAUGGAGCUCGUGCCGAGCAGCAAUGGGCCCCCGAGGCCUCCUCUCCAUCGUCUUGUCUGACGUUUUUUCGACCGCCGUACCAAUCCGCGGGUGCCAUCUCUGAACUCCCAAACGAGAUCAUGCUGCACAUCCUCGGCUAUCUGGAUGUCAGUGACCUGUUGUCCACUUCGAGGACCAAUCAUCACCUGCGCCACCUGUCCCUCUCGCCAAUUCUCCAUCACUAUCGGCUCCGUCACACGCGCGCCAUUCUGCCGCCGCUGCUGUCCUCCCCUUCACGCCCUUCUCUGGCGGAGCUCAUCGCUCGCUCCAUUUUUCUGACUCACACGUCGGUCGUCUCGCGCCGGCUGGCCCGCUCGCUGGUCUCGAUCCGACUGUCCCGCCGCCUUGCUACUCGGCCUUCGGCUGAAGCCCUCGUUGAGCGGGCCGUCCUGCCACCCGAGUGCGUGCCCGGCAUGAGCAUGGUGCAAGUUGCGCCCGCCCUCGUUGCUAAGCGGCGGGCUAUCGAGAAGGAGAAGGUCAAGGACGGCCUGAGGAAGUGGGUUGAGGGCGUGUGGAAGGGUGAGGUCCGCCAGCGGGAGGAGGGCAUCAAGAAGUGGGAGGAGAGCAAGGGUAUCGGGAGGGUCUGGCGGCUCAGGCGGUUUUGGGAACGGGUCUCUAGAGGAGACGGCGCCGGCCUUCGGUAGGUGGUCUUGUAUGUUGUAGUGACUGAUGGCGUACGUGUGGUUCUGGGAUUUGGGCGUUGUACUACCGCUCCGGGAGCGGGUUGAGGCGCAUCCGUCCAAUGUGUAGAUGAUAACGUGUAUUAUGAAGACAGCAAGGAUUCGGUUGUCACAAGCACACCUGGAACAGGCUUGAACAUGGUUUCAAUGAAGUACAUAGAGUCAUUCUGAAUGAGGCGCU